AUGAGCAGCACUAAAGCUGGAUCAUCUUCGUUGGAUGGCUCAGGGGGCAUCGAACCGGUAUCCGAACCCAGAGCUGGGCCUCGCCACAUAUACUACCGGAUUUACACCAAGCAAGGCGCACUCGAAUCAAACAACCCCAUCUAUUCCAACGAUCGCUUCAUCAGCCGCAUCGUAUCAAGAUCCGUAGCACCUCCGCAUACCGCUGCAUCCUUGAAAAAGCAUAUCUGCAGGAUUGAAGGAUUUGAGUUAUCUACCAAGUGUACCUUGUAUUCAUCACUCUCGGACCAAGCACCUGUAGAGGACUCCGCCCGUCUCGCGCUCAGAGGGACGUCUGGGCCAGGCGUAUCUGAGAUAGACCCGGUCAUUUUGGUCGUCGACGUUUUGGACGCCGAGAAGCGAUCAAAAGUGUCUUCGGUGGGAGUGAAAGAUCUCGUUGAAUGGUCGACGACGCGUCUGUAUGUCUACUACCGUGUAUACGACGAGGGCGGUGAAAUUUCCUCCAAGACCUCCUUCGAUGACACUGAUUCGUCUCUCGGCCGGCUUGAUACCGUCUGUAUUUCACCCCCACACACGGCUCUUUCCUUGAAGUGUUGCAUCAUGGGAGCAGAAGGGGUAUCCCCAGACCGGGCUUGUAAUCUAUUCGAGGAUGAGGGCGGCGAGAGUACAAUGAAAGAUGGUGAUACUGUUGCUCUUCUCUCUGAUAGUUAUCCAGGCGUUUCAAAGGAAGAACCUUUAGCUGUUGUUUACGGACUGCAGAAGGACGCUACCGACUCAUCAGAACAACCGAACUUUACGAAAAAACUUAUAGCGAAAUCAUACGGCACUUGGGCGGACUAUGAUAGUAGAUGGCACACGACGACAACUGGUGAAAUAUUUCACACAGAUGGGAUUUCAUUAACGAAGCCAUACGAUAAUGGCAGCAUUACCGGUACUUUCCUUCCAGUUUGUCGCGAAGCCCUCCCGCUGACCACUAUUUAUUCAUCAGGAUUCAUUGAGGCGCAGAUGGGUGACGAUCAGACUUGGACUUAA